AGCUCUGAUGAGAUCCUCAGCACUAAAAAAAUACAGACUUGCUAAUAAGACAGAGAAAUGCAAGGGGGCUGCAGUUUUAUUUCAUAUCAGAGCUUCAACCCCUCAAUCAACUUUUAUUAUACAACCACUCUUGAGGCUGUUAAACCAAAUUUGAUCAUUCAUCUUCCAAAAACCCAUUGCUGCUUUGUCAUUCCUUCCAGUCUGAAGCUCUUGGUGCCCCAGGCUGCAAACACGAGCUGCAUUGUCAGCAGCUAAAGAGCUCAACCACUCCUUGUUUCUAUCUAUCCCCUCGCACAGGACUCUCCCAAGUAGGCAUAAAAAGCCCAAAAACCCAACCCUCGGGACACACAUGACAUGCACAUGGCUGAAAAAUGGCCAGCAAAAAGUAUUAAUAUACCAUGGAGAUACAUAAUGUAACCUUUGAAAUCAUAAAGGGACAUUUGAUAUGUUUUGAAUAAUUGCACCCACAUUCGGGUAAACUCAUCUGGUCUUUGUACAUGCCUUUAUCAAGUUUGGCGGGGAAAAAUGCCUUUCCUCCGUGGCAUUUUGACAUUUACACUCCACAGAACCGUCUCGCUGGAGUGGGGUUAAUCAGUGAAAAGCUCGCAGUUGUCGUGGCCGGGAUGGCCGCGGAGCUGUUGGUGCAGAUGCCCGGCGCUCACAGCGAUCUUUGGGGAGCCCUGCAGCAAGGAGCCCCAAAGCAGCACUGGAGAGCACAACAGAUGGGGCUCUGUCGGCAGGCCUUUCCCUUCCCCCGCUGUCUGUCCUUUUCUACCUGAGUGACAGGAAAAUCUCAGCUGGAAUCGCCUCUGCCUGAAGACGGCGGGACCGGCUCUGUCCUGCUGGGUUUCAACUGGGAGGAAACAGCGGGGCCUGAGGGUCAACUUUCCGCUAGAUUUUUUUUUUUUUUUUUCCCCCAUGAAACAGCAAAGAGAGAAGGAGGGGGAAGAAAAAAAAGAUGGGAGGGGGGCGAGCGGGGCGGGGGGGACUGAGAAAAAGCAGAAAUCGAAGCAGGAUGGAGUUACCAUCAGCGCUCCCGCCGAGCGCCCCGGAGCCGCGGGACGGGCCAGCCGCACCUGCCGGGCCCGGGGCCCGGGACCAGGACAGCGCCUGCCCCGGUUUGGACCAACUUUGGUUUUCAUGACAAUGGAAUUUUUCCUCCCCACAAUGGCAAGAAGGAACCUCUUCCUCAGCCUCCUGCUCUGCUACAGCCUGUUCAGAGCUACUGAUUCCCACUUGGUCAUUGAGGAGAAGACAGAAUGCAACCUGUCCAGGAGGAGCAAAAUGGACCUCUCAGAUCUUCCACCCAUCUCCAUAGUAGAUUUAACUAGAAAAUCCCAGAAAGUCAGCAGGAAAGAGGCAGAGAACAAGAAAUCUUCCAAGGGACAGAUUUCCCAGGAUGACAGUGCUUGGAGACACCCAGAACAACCCAACCUCACUGAAGGCAAUGGGACAGUGAAAACCACUUGAAGGUGCUAAAUAACAACCUGAAAUCAGAUACAUGAAAUAAAAACUUUCCCCAGCAUGGAAACAAGUCUGGCUUAACACUACUUUACUACUGAGGUUUUUUUUCCUGAUCAAGUACCAAG